AUGGCGAGCGGCAACGUGAAGGUGAAGGCCGGGACGCGGCCGCCGUGGGUGGGGCUGGCGGCAGCGGCGUGGGUGCAGAUGGCGGCGGGCAACGCGUACACGUUCCCGCUCUACUCGCCCGCGCUCAAGUCGGUGCUCGGCUACGACCAGCGGCAGCUCGCCAUGCUCGGCGUCGCCAACGACGUUGGCGAGAACUUCGGCGUCGUCGCCGGCGUGCUCUGCAACAGCCUCCCGCCCUGGCUCGUGCUGCUCGUCGGCGCCGCGUUCUGCUUCGUCGGCUUCGGCACGCUCUGGCUCGCCGUCGGCGGGACCGUGAUCGGCAUGCCGUACUGGCUGCUCUGGAUCGCGCUGGCGAUCGGGACCAACAGCAACGCGUGGUUCGUGACGGCCGUGCUGGUGACCAACAUGCGCAACUUCCCGCUCCGCCGCGGCGUCGUCGCCGGCCUCCUCAAGGGCUACGUCGGCCUCAGCGCGGCGCUCUUCACCCAGAUCUUCUCCGGCGUGCUCCACCGCUCGCCCACGGCCCUCCUCCUCCUCCUCGCCGUCGGCCUCCCAGUGGUGUGCCUCUCCACCAUGUACUACGUCAGGCCGUGCACCCCGGCGCUCGGCCCCGGCGGCGACGAAGAGGACGCCAUGCAGGACGGCCACUUCGCCUUCACGCAGGCCGCGAGCGUCCUCCUCGGCGCGUACCUCCUCGGCACGACGGUCCUGGGCAGCGCCGUCGAGCUCUCCGACGCCACCAGCUACGCGCUGUUCGGCGUCACCGUGCUGCUGCUUCUGGCGCCCCUCGCGAUUCCGGUGAAGAUGACACUGUUCAGGAAAUUAAAGAAGCGACGACCCCCAAUGGAGCCGCCAGCAGCUGCAAGCGAAGAGCCACCGGCGUCGGCCGAGGAGGAGCCAUUACUGAUCCCAUCGGACGCACCGCCGGCCGACGAGGACUCUGAAAAGCUGGACGUGCUGCUGGCGGAAGGGGAGGGUGCCGUGGUGAAAAGGAAGAGGCGGCCGAGGAGGGGAGAAGACUUCGAGUUCACCGAGGCCCUCGUCAAGGCCGACUUCUGGCUGCUCUGGGUCGGCUACUUCAUCGGCGUCGGCACCGGGGUCACCGUGCUGAACAACCUGGCUCAGAUCGGCGCCGCCGCGGGCAUCGCCGACACGACCAUCUUGCUGUCCCUGUUCGGGCUCGGCAACUUCCUCGGUCGGCUCGGCGGAGGCGCCAUUUCAGAGAAGUUCGUGCGGUCGAUGCUGCUGGUUCCCCGGCCCAUCUGGAUGUCGCUGACGCAGACCAUCCUCGCCGUCGCCUACCUCUGCCUCGCGUACGCCCUCGCCCCGGGCGUCGUCUACGCCUGCGCCGCCGUCAUCGGCGUCUGCUACGGCGUGCAGUUCGCCGUGAUGAUCCCAACGACGUCGGAGCUGUUCGGGCUCAAGAACUUCGGCCUCUUCUACAAUCUCAUGUCCGUGGCGAACCCGCUGGCCGCGGUGCUCUUCUCCGAGGAGCUCGCGGGGCGGCUUUACGACGGGGAGGCCGCGAGGCAGCGGCACGACGGGCGCCCGCACGGGUGCCUUGGCCCGGAGUGCUUCAGGGUCGCGUUCGUGGUGCUGGCCGGGUGCUGCGCGCUGGGGACGGCGGUGAGCUUGGUGCUGGCGGCGAGGAUACGGCCGGUGUACCGGGCGCUGUACGCUGGCGGGUCGUUCAGGUUGCCGAACAGCUCUCAGCAGCACUGA